UGGUUUCCUAGGAAUAUGGAAAGUAUUCAAAGUGUGUUACAGUAUAACAUUGCUGUCUGUAAAACAGUGAGGGGUCAACUGGACCAGGCGUCGACUUUGCUGAAGAAGGUUUGGCAAGGUCAAGGACCAAAUUGUCGAGUUCCCGCCCAUAUAAUUAUGCUCGUGCUCUACAUAGAACUGCAGUUGGAAUUGAAGUACAUAAAUUUACUAAACUUACGAGGGCUUACACGAAAAUGUUGGGAACUUUCAGGCUUAAGCAUAGAGUGCAGAGAUAUAGUUUUGUAUGGAUUAGGACAGGCAGGAAAGCAGAAGUUAGCAGACAGAGGUUGACGGUACAUACGGCAUUAUUUUAAUAUUUUCGACAUUUUUGUUUUUAUUUAAUUCAUCGUUAUCUUUUAAUUUUGUUUUUAUAUGUCUGCUCCAUCAAAAGACGUGUCAGAAGCGAAUGCCAUU